AUGGAGACCUCCUUCCUCCCUACCGCGCGGCCCCUCCCCGCGUUCCAAACCCUAGCCGCGGCCCCGCGCUGCCCCCGCCCUCUGCGCCGCUCCACCAUCCGCGCCGCCAUCUCCCGCGGGCGCAAGGAGGACACGGUCGCCGUGGUCCGCGAGCAGCUGGAGGGGUGCUACCUCCUGGCCGGCAUCCGCUACGAGGGCCUGACGGUGAAGCAGUUCCAGGGCAUCCGCGACGCGCUGCCGGAGUCGUGCCACCUCCUGGUGGCGAAGAACACGCUGGUGGGGAAGGCCAUCGAGGGCACCCCCUGGGAGGCGCUCAAGCCGUGCAUGAAGGGCAUGAACGCCUGGCUCUUCGUCCACACGGAGGAGGUCCCCGUCGCGCUCAAGCCCUACCGCGCCUUCCAGAAGGAGGAGCGCGUCGAGGAGACCAACGACUUCAUCGGGGCGGUGUUCGAGGGCAAGUACUACGCGCCCGCCGAGUUCAAGUCGCUCGAGACCAUGCCCAGCCGCGCCGAGGUCUACUCCAAGCUGCUCGGCGCCCUCAAUGGGCCGGCCACCUCCCUCGUCACCACGCUGCAGGCGCCCGCCAGGGACGUCGUCGCCGUGCUCUCGGCCUACGUGCGCAAGCUCGAGGAGGAGUCCGGCGCCGGCGCCGGCACCGCCUAG